AUUGCGCCUGAAAGCUGGAUUAAAAGUGCCCGGCACAUAAUUAUCCGGAUAUCCUUGCUUUUUCCAUAAAGCUCUCUCCCACUGGCCCUCUUCGGUGGACUGGUGCAUUUACUUGUUUGAUGACUCAAUGCUUACGUAAUUGGUGCUUUUGGUUGAUGCUGCUGCCUGUGGACCAUAUUCCACAACCUCCCCACACUGCUGGGAAACGUCUUUCUGGGCCGAGGGCGGCCAUCGAUCUGUCUCAAAUACCAUCCGUGGCCGACACCUAUCUCGCCGACCAGAGUAUCUGGACUAAAGAGCCAUUCUUGACGUGCCAAACUGAACGGACGAUCCCACUUUCGGCGUCAGAGUACAAUGCGGUUGAUCAAGGUAAUUCAAGCCCAAAGUUUGUUCGUGCCUCGACCUACGCAUUCCCACACUCCGCCCACCUGGCAUCUUCGUGCCACAUCCCUUUGGGCUUCGUGUUUCAACCCUUUGCAGAGCAACGUUCAGAGGAAAAUGCAAUCCCGUUGGUUUCAUUUGAUGGCAACGGUCCGCUCCGUUGUCUGGAAUGUCGCACAUAUGUGAAUCCUUGGUUCAGAUGGACGUCUGGCGGGCAGAAAUGGAUGUGUAACAUAUGCGGCACUGAAGCUCAAGUUGAUCCUAGCUACUUUAGUCCUUUGGGUUCUGAUGGACGAAGAGUCGAUCUCUCUGAUAGGUUGGAAUUGACAUCAGGGACAGCAGAUUUCAAGGUUCCUGAACCAUAUUUUUCCACCCCCCCGCCUCCCCGAAUAUUUCCAACCUUACCGAAUAUGGCUUCUCCACUCGUGCCGGUCACGUCCCCGAGAGUCCCAACCGCGAUGCGUGUCCUUUUUGUGAUCGAAUGCAGUCCGCUCGCCGUCGCUAGUGGCCUUCUCUCCGAGAUUUGCAAAUCGAUAGAAGAUGUUUUAUAUCAGAAUGACCAAAACGUUUCGGGGAAGUCUGGCUUGGCGGACUGCGCUGUCGGUUUCUUGACAUUUAACGAGACCCUCCAGUUCUAUGAUCUUUCUAGCUGUGCGCCCAAGGAACUCGUUGUUGCGGACUUGGAUGACGUAUUCACUCCACUGCAUUCUGGGCUCUUUGUCAACCCAUUUGAGUCACGGACAGCUGUAUCAAAUCUCCUCACUUAUCUCACCCGAUCGCCCUGGUCUUCCCACGGCGAUACUAAUGCUGUGGUACUUGGACCUGCACUUAAAGGCGCGCUUUCAGUUUUGCUAGACAUUGGAGGCAUGGUAAUGCUAUUCCACACAAGCUCUUCCAACGCCAGUGUUGGCCCCUCUACACCACUCAGCGCGACAAGAUCUGAUCAAGAUCCCUCUGUGUUUCUCUCAGAGCCCUCAUUUUGGCGUGAUGUCGGCGAAGAGUUUGCGGGAGCGGGUGUUGGAGUCCACCUCUUUUUGUUCCCCGCAUCUAUAAUCAACGUGGCUGCCAUAGGAAGUAUAGCAGCGAUCACGGGUGGCGAUAUUUUCUAUCACCCAAAUUUCCAACUUGAACGCGAUGCAGCUAUGCUGCGAAGUGAAAUUCGUCGCGUAGCUUCGCGUGAAACCGUGUACGACGUUACAUUGGUUGCGCGUAUUUCUUCAGCCCUUCGGCCUUCAUCGUAUGCUGGGAACUUUUAUGAGACCCCCACUUCAGAAAUCAAGUUGGGUACACUCGAUUCAGACAAAUCUAUCGUCGUCGAGAUGUCGCACAAUAAUGACUUGGACAUAAAUAAAGACAUCUACGUUCAGCUUGCAGUGCUGCAUACGUCCCGUUCUGGUGAGCGACGUGUUAGAACUGUCAAUUUGGCACUAGGGACAUCCAGCCUGGCCGCAAACGUCUUCCGAUACGCUGAUAUUGACGCAUGCACCAUAAUUCUUUACAAGCAAGUGCUCUCCAGACUGGCUUCAAAAUCACUGGAUGCCGUCAAGGAAGCGUUAACCAUGGAUUGUGCAACACUUUUGUUAGCGUACCGUCAACAUUGUGCGGCGUCGACCCGUCCAACCCAGUUGAUAAUUCCUGAGGCGUUCAAGAUUCUUCCAGUGUAUGCACUAGGUAUCCUGAAGCAUCCUGCGCUCCGAGGAGGCUCAGUCUCUCCCGAGCUGCGGAACUAUUUUCGCAUCAAAGCUAAUUCCAUGACCACUCCUAGGAGCAUCUGGAGUUUGUAUCCGAAGAUGUUUGCGUUGCACGAUCUUGACUCAUUUGUUGGAAUGCCCGAUCCGAAUACCGGGUGGAUCCCAAUUCCACGUUACAUUCCUGCGUCUCACAAGUUCAUGGAGUCUCACGGGAUCUACUUGAUUGACAAUGGCGAGCUUACUGUACUUUGGGUUGGAGCCAACACCUCACCGAUGCACCUCCGGGCUCUCUUCAAUGCGGAUGACGUUUACGACAUGCCGGGCACUCACAAUACGCCAUCUUCUUCGUCACACUUGGCGCAGCAACUGAGGAACAUCGUUUCGGUCUUGGAGAGACACCGAGGAGGAAUAGUCCAGCCGUUUCUUGUUGCACGUCAGAACAUGGACGGCUCGGAGCUACAGAUGGGCGACAUGCUAGUGGAGGAUGAGAAUAACGCAGCAAUGUCGUACAUCGAUUAUAUAUGUCACCUCCAUAAGAUUAUAUAUUCUGCGGUGAGUGCAAGCAAUUCGUUUUGUUGA